AUGGCAAAUGCAGCAUCGUCAUCAUUACUGUUGCUUUCUGCUACUUCAUUUGCUCCUCUUCCUCGCAAUGCCAAACUCAGUGUUUGCUCUAGUGUUUGUAGGCCUGUCACUAGCAGUAGUAAAGGGUGUAAAUUCGUUGGAUGUGGAUCUGCUGUGCCCACUCUUGAGAUUUCUAACGAUGAUCUUGCAAAAAUAGUUGAUACUUCUCAUGAAUGGAUAUCACUUCGCACUGGGAUUCACAAACGCCGAAUCCUCUCAGGUGGAGAAAACUUGGCAACUUUAGCAGUAGAGGCAGCAGGAAAAGCUCUGGAGAUGGCAAAGGUGGAUCCUGAUGAUGUAGACCUAAUCUUGAUGUGCUCAUCUACUCCGGAUGAUCUUUUUGGCACUGCUCCUCAGAUUUCAAAACAACUUGGCUGCAAAAGAUAUCCAUUGGCUUAUGACAUUACAGCUGCUUGUAGUGGAUUUGUGUUGGGUUUAAUAUCAGCUGCUUGUCACAUUAGGGGGGCUGGAUUUCAUAAUGUUCUGGUAAUUGGGGCUGAUGCUGUUUCACGAUAUGUGGAUUGGACAGACAGAGGGACCUGUAUACUUUUUGGGGAUGCUGCUGGUGCUGUACUAGUACAGGCCUGCAACAAUGAAGAAGAUGGUUUAUUUGGUUUUGAUUUGCAUAGUGAUGGUAAUGGUCAAAGGCAUUUAAACGCUGCAAUUAAGGAAAACAAGGUUAUUAGUGCAGUGGAUUCAAAUGGUUCUGUCGUAGACUUUCCUCCUAGGCAGUCUUCAUAUUCAUGCCUUCAAAUGAAUGGCAAAGAAGUUUUUCGCUUUGCUGUACGAAGCGUGCCACCAUCAAUUGAGUCGGCCCUUGAAAAGGCUGGUCUAUCUAUGUCAAGCAUUGAUUGGUUACUUCUCCAUCAGGCAAACCAGAGGAUUAUUGAUGCAGUUGCCACUCGGUUGGAAGUUCCCUCAGAAAGGGUAAUAUCAAAUUUGGCUAAUUACGGUAACACAAGUGCUGCUUCUAUUCCCAUGGCUUUAGAUGAAGCUGUUCGAAGUGGGAAAGUUAAGGCAGGUCAAACUAUUGCAGCUUCGGGCUUUGGUGCUGGUCUUACUUGGGGAUCCGCAAUUUUUCGAUGGGGCUGA